AUGACAACACUAUUUAUACUCAUCUUCAUAAGUUUUAUAACAUGCUUCGACGCUGAAAAACACUUCAAAAAUGAAAGGCUAAGCUACAGAAAAAAUGUGAUCGAUUUCAAGUUUGCCUGGUGCCAAAUGCGCAUGCACAGAUAUGAAUGGAAAAAUUUGAUUGGUCAUUGCUUAACACAGGUGUCUUGGGAUGCAAAACCGCUGGACAAAAAGCUUCAAACAAGAGCUAGCAAAAGUUAUGUCAAACAAUUGGAUAUUAAACCUGCAGGAUUCUUCAGCAAGAUUUACAUUCAGUCAGUUUCAGUGAAAAACGAAAAUAAAACAAUCGGGGGGGAUUCUUGGCGCGUUGACAUUCGGGGACCUUCCAACAUGGCAGCUACGGUGUACGACAAAAACAACGGAGUAUACGAAGCUGUGUUUUUGCCAGAGGAGCCUGGGCUGUACAGGGCGGAGAUAACAUUGGAUUAUUCGCUAUGCAAGGGAUUCAAAGAUCCACCAGUGGAUUGGUUUAUGAGAGGUAAUAAAAAACACAACGAUAUCCAAAAUAAAAGGUAUUGGCGCUCUAAAAUUAUAACCCAUGUUCGAAUCCUCGCUAGAUCUAUGAUACACUGAUACAAAGUAGUCUAAAUUCAUAAAUACUUGUAGGAUGGUGGGUGCUUAACAUUUGAAAAUGAAUCUGUAAUGAGCAGAGUCACUAACAAGUCAUCCUCGCGCUAAUAUCUAAUUUCAUGCUCAAGGUAGAUAGAUCGCCAACCCUGUCAAAAAUAUGUUCCCGUUGAAUUGAUUCAGGGAUUAUGGUGGACUCCGUGAUCCAAAGUUGAUUGUUCCCGAAACUGAGUUUUACAAAAAAUUAAUAGUGCACAAUCUGACAAACACAAUUCCAAACCUCAGUGUAUGUCUCUCUCCCCAGGCUGUCGACACGGUUCAUUCCAGCCACAUGGGAGCCUGGGUAACAGAACGCAUGAUUUCUUGCAGGGGCGACUAGGAGGCGAACAAAUUACUUUCACUGUUCCCUCAUCUUCAACGAUCAUAGCUAAGGGUGAGAUAACGUAUUGAUUUUGUAACCAUGAGGACGAUUUAAAAGGGAUUGCAAAAAGAUAUUCGAAUUUCAGUUUGAUACUUUGAUUCAAGAUAUGGCAGCAUGAUCUCCAAUAAAUAUAUAGUGUAAGGGAUACCCUUACGAGCAACCUCUCUCGUCAAGACGCCUCUUUAUUUCUGGUGCAAAAUACGAAUUUUGAUAAAAAAUUUUCUACAGAUGUUUUGGUAACGCAAAUGCAAACAUAGACAAAAUUGUGUUCCUUCAGGCUAAAAGUUUUAAUUCAUUGGGGUAUCUUUCUUUUCAGGAACAGAAUAGGUUUGCAAAACAAUUAUCUGCGGGUACAUAAUGUUUGCCCGAUGAAAAACGCAGUUUGUGUCAGUAUAAUCUCCCGUUCACAUUCUGUGUUAGAGUCAAAAAUCAAAUAGUGAACAUUUCUGUGAGAUAGAACACCUCAUACACAAAUCGUCUCGCUACUUUUUUUUGUCAGAGAUCAAUGCAUUUAAAAAAGUAAGCCAAACAGCCUGCAAAGAGAAAUGUAAUCUUUUAGUUGACGGAUAUGGGUCAUGGAUCGGUGAACAGUGGAGGCCAUAUCAAACAGGCAGGUGUUCUGACGAUUCUUUUGUUAACAGUUUUAGCAUCAUACAAACUCGUUUCCUAGGUCUUCCAUCCUCUGAUAAUGGGUGAAAACGGGAAAAAAUGUAGACCCUGCAAACGAGAAAAAGUAAGAAAAGAUUGGAUCAAUAUCAGUAUCUGGGCAACUGCCCACCUACCCUUCUCCUAACCCAACAACACUCUAUUGAUAACAAGUUAAGGUUAAUGUUGGGUUAGGGGAGGGGUAGGUGGGUAGUUGCCCAAAUACUGAUAUUAAUCCAAAAGGUUAUAACAUUCAAGAUGUUAUUCGAGAAAAGCGUUCCAAUAUGAAAAAUACGUUGGAAGAAAAACACAUCAGGGAGUUGCGUUGUACAACGUUUCCUUUUUCAGUAAGACCACGUUUAAGUACUUCAUAUUAAUACAUUCAGAUGCAUAUACUUGCUUUUUUGUUUUUUGCAAAACACCGUGGUAACGUAGGUAAUUCGUGCAGCUCUCCGUUACGGAAAUUUCCCUCCACUACUUUGGCGUCUGUUUUGGAGAAGUUCGACUGUGCAGUAAAAUAAGUCGCCAUCUUUAAGCCCAACAAAUUUUGUGAUGUUUUAAAAAUCGUUAUUUUCACGAUCACGUCCUCAGGCUUCACUGCAAGCCUCGGGAGAUCUGGACACCAACAAGGCCGAGGAAUAUUGUGGGUCUAUGGCGAUUCUCUCAAUCGCUACUUUUACGAGUCUCUUCUAAAACGACCGCUUUGCUGGCAAGUCUUCCGAGCCUGCUAUCAUACGAUGUUAUGGGUGUAUGUAUUAACACAGAGCGCUAAAGAAGAAAUGAACUUGAUGUUUGGCAGGAAGCCUAUCAACAUUCCCAGGAUCCUUUACGAGCUACAAAACGUAGUCACGCGCUCUGACAUGGACCAAGACAGUGCCCUUAUUCUGAAUGCGGGUGUGCACCUAUUGAAGAGCGCGAGUUUUUACAAUUAUCAAAAAGUAAUUAAUGGAUUUAUUAGCGUGUUAAAACGUUAUUACAGGGGAACUGUUAUAUGGAAGAGCACUACUGCCAUUCAUGACCAACGAGAGCUGUACAGUGGCUGUUUUCGACGUUUUCACUCCGAUCAGGUAGUUUUAUUGAUAGCGGACACACCCUUUUGCACAUAAGCAUUUUCCAGGCGUUCAGUUAAUAAAACGAAGCGCGAUAGUAAACAGCGCUAAUGUUGUGGACGAGAGAGGUUUGGGUCGGGUACCAGACCUGACCAAAACUCCGUCGUUUUUUCACUCCUCCGCUGGUAUCGCGCCGUUCGCUGUUUCGCUUCGUUUUAUCAGCUGAACGCCUAGAACAGGCUAAUGCACACAUGGCAAUAGUGAUUAGUUUAAAAGAAAAUAUUUAAAUAUUGAUAAUAUCAAUUUUAAUUGUAUUAGUGUGAUAACUAUAAUUAUUUUUUCAAACCAUCAAGUCAAAAAAGGCGUAGCCACUAAAAUUCUCUUCAAGACUAAAUAAAUUAGGAGAUAAAUAAAUAAAUAGUCUGGUAAAAGUUACCUCUAUUUGAGUUGAGAUGAUUCUUACACUUUAUUUUUAUCUUGUUUAGAGAAUACAACUAUUCAAUGCUUACGCGAAUUGGGCGAUGUGCAAGGCUGGUUUCUUAGUCCUCGAUGUUUACCCCGUUUCAAGCUCCUACCCGAAAGGGACUCUGGAUGGUGUGCAUUUCAAUGAACUAGUGUUUUAUCCCGCAGCUGAAGCAGUAGAGAGAUUUUUCCAGACGUAG